AUGCGGUCUUCUAGUAACUCGUCUCUGGCUGCCCAAGCCAGCACUUCAUAUCACUCAAAUAUUUCAGGAGAGAGAAACACGUCUCACAGCUCCCUUGUGCUCGUACCGAAGAUUCGUAUCACCCCAGAAAUCAGGGCUCUCGAUGGCAGCACGGCAAGCUUCUGGGUUGCCGUCGAGGUUUCAGGCCAAUUGUGUCACUCUCUCAACGGCUUACUCUGCGAUGAUACCUCUGCUGAACAUGAGUCUGCCUUGCUGAGCAGACUCAAUAAUCAAUCUUCUACAGAUCCUUUCAGGCAUGGGUGUAUACACAGCAUGGAUAUCCAAAUCGUUCCGCUUGGAAACAGUUGUAUUCUUGAGACAAUUCGGGAUGAUCCUGUCCAAACAACACUAGGUAAUAACGACAUUGUACUGCUGCUCGCGCAAGUCCUAGUCAAAUCGCCUCGCUCCACUGCCGUGACUACGCAGCAAGGCCAUGUCAAACACAGGUCAGAUGAGCUGAUUGAUGACUUGGAAUAUCAGUUAGGAGAUUCAAACCUCGAGUAUAUACGCGUUUCGGUCAAGUACAACCAUUCAGCAUUCUUUUGCCAAAGUCGAAAUGACAUCAUCGACAACAUAGCAGAAGGCGGCACAAAACUAGAAACGUUUGCUACGGCCAUCGUCAAGCAACAUAAUCACCGAUCACCAUGGUCCCCAAGUCCAGCCCCAACAUACAAUCCCAUUGCGAGCAUCAUCUGUGGAAAUUGGGGGCCAUCGAAAGCUCGUAAUGCGAUUCAUCGUAUAUCACCACAAAGGCCCCACAGGGCGAAGUCCAGGAUGGACUUGUCUUUGGGAGACGAACCAAUCGAUAUGCUGAGUCCUCCGGUAAUUCCUAGGCGAGAGGCAAGCCUCGGUAGAGACGUGACAGUCAGAAAACCAGACGCAAUGUAUAAUGGGUGGUCUGCCGGGCGUCGGAGGACGUUGGCAGUGGACUUGGACUGGGGUAGGCCCCGCGCGGAAGAAGUCGCGGAAGAAGGGAAGCGGUGGCCAUCAACUGCAACGUGCCCCGGCGAGGCGGCAACCGGAGCCGGAUUCAAGAAUAGGUUUGCGAAUCAUUUGACCGCAUUGAGAAGCCCGCGCUCGAUAGGCCCGGGCGUUUUGAGAGGCUUGGCAUCUUCAGUCGCCGGCACCCGAGAUGAAGGUCAUGAAGCAGAGAACAGACAGGCGCAUGGAGGAGAGUCCCCUCGCGGCCAGAGAAGAAAGUCAUUCAGCCGUUGGAGUUGGACGAGCUGGUGGUCUUGA